AUGGAAGACCCAAAGGAUGACAUAGCAGUCAUUGGGAUUGGAUGCAAUUUCCCUGGAGGCGAGGGGUUGGAAAGUUUCUGGAGGGUUCUGUUGGAAGGAAAGAACUGUGUAGCAGAUAUUCCAGCAGAACGAUUUGACACCAGUUUCUGGUACGAUGCUGAUGAUGGCAAACCUGGGAAGACACAAACGACCAAAGCAGCGCUUAUAGAUGGGUUUAAUGAGUUUGAUCACAAGUUUUUUGGUAUCACCGAAGCAGAGAGCGAUUUCAUGGACCCUCAGCAGAAACUCCUCCUUCAGUGCACAUAUAGAGCUUUAGAGGAUGCAGGAGUGGCUAUGGAAAGUGUCAGUGGAAGCAGAACUGGAGUUUACAUAGGUCUUAUGAACAGGGAUUAUGAGAUGAUCCGAAAUAACAAUCCCACUACAAUAACCCACUACAAUGGCACAGGGACGGCAAUGAGUGUGGCUGCCAAUCGAAUUUCCUUCGCCUUUAAUCUCACUGGCCCUUCUUUGGCCAUUGACAGUGCCUGUUCCUCUUCUUUGGUGGCCUUGCAUUUAGCCUGCCAGGCUAUAAAACACGGAGACUGCGAGAUGGCUUUGUGCGGGGGCGUCAGUUGUAUCAUAGAGCCUAGAGUGUUUGUUGCUUUGAGCAAGGCAAAGAUGAUCUCAUCUGAGGGGACCAGCAAACCUUUUUCCAGAAGAGCAGAUGGCUACGGUAGAGGAGAAGGCUGUGGGAUUGUUCUCCUGAAGCCUCUGAAAAAGGCUUUAAAUGACCACAACAAAAUAUGGGGCAUCAUCAGCAAAACAGCCGUCAACCAAGACGGACACUCGGUCACCCCGAUCACCAAACCCUCCUUGACUCAACAAGAGGAGCUGCUGCGAAGGAUCUACGCCGAGUCUGAUCUCGCAAAUGUCCAGUACAUAGAAGCACAUGGGACUGGAACUCCAGUUGGAGAUCCAACGGAGGCGAGAAGCAUCUCAAACGUCAUCGCUAAAGCCAAACAUCCUGGCUCCAAGACGCUGCAGAUUGGCUCAGUGAAAGGUAAUAUUGGACAUACAGAAUCUGCGGCAGGAGUAGCCGGACUCAUUAAGGUUCUCCUAAUGAUGAAACAUGAGACAAUUGUCCCCUCUGUUUUCUACUCUGAAGACGGUGCAAGUAUAGAUGUUAAAGCUCUUGGCCUAAAUAUUCCAUGUAAAGCUGAAAGAUGGGACACAAUUGAGUCACUACAGAGAGUAGCCGGCAUCAACAGCUUUGGGUUUGGAGGCACAAAUGCUCAUGCGAUUUUAAGAGAGUAUAGAAAGACCAAUGUUCUGACAGGGACCCUAAACGUCAGUCCAAAACUCUUUGUAGCAUCUGCAGCCACUGAGAAAUCAUUGAUUCUAUCCAUGACUGACACACAACGAAAGCUCGGCAGCACUAAAACAGUGGACUUGCAUGCACUGACCUACACCUCAGCAUGUGGAAGGAGUCAUUCCAGACAUAAAUGUAGAAAGGCCUUCCUGACAAAUUCCCUCUCAGAUUUACAGCAACAGCUGACGUCUGCACUGAAAUCAGAGGUCGAGUCAACAAUGUCAGACAUCCAGGUCGUGUUUGUGUUUUGUGGGAAUGGAGUUGCCUUCAAGGGUAUGUGCCAGCAGUUAAUGAGAGAGGUUUCUCUUUUCAGAGAGAAAAUUAGAGAGGUUGAAACUAUCUUCCACAGUUAUAAAUGCUCCAGCAUUAGUCAGUGGCUUGCAGGUGACUUUGAUAAUGCCGACUUCCAGAAGCCAGAUAUUGUCCAGCCUAUUCUUUUUGCAAUCCAGGUUGGCAUUGCCACUCUUUUAAAUCACUGGGGUGUUAAACCUGACGCUGUGCUUGGACACUCUGUGGGUGAAGUUGCUGCUGCUCACUGUUCUGGACUCUUGUCUCUUGAAGAUGCUGUGAAAGUGCUUUACCACCGCAGUCGUCUUCAGAGCAAUGUCACAGGUGGGAAAAUGCUUGUGGUCAGUAAUGUGGCUGUGGAAAAAGUAGAAGAAAUCCUUGAAGUCGUCUCUGGUAAAGUUUGUGUGGCGGCUUUCAACAGCCCUCAGUCCUGCACAGUGUCUGGAGAUUCACAUGCUAUUGACAUCAUUCAUGAAAGACUGAAGAUUCUGUUUAAGGAUAAAAACCCCUUCCUCCAUGUCUUGGACGUUUCUGCGGCAUACCAUAGCCAUAUGAUGGAUCCUAUAUUAGAAGACAUUGAGAAAAGCAUACAUCUUUUAGAUGCCAGAAGCAUGAAAUGCAAACUUUUCUCAACAGUGACUGCAGACAGGUUUUCAGAUGGUGACUUCAGCACUGGUAAGUACUGGGCAAAGAACAUUCGCGAACCGGUUUUAUUUGAACAGGCGAUGCACGCUGUCAUGAAAGACAAGCAGUUUGGGAGAAAUGUGGUCUUUGUGGAGAUUGGACCUCGUAGGGCUCUACAAAGGAACAUCCAUGAAACCCUAGGAAAUAACACCGUAGUUCUUUCCUCGGUCCAGCCUCACAAAGACUAUGACGCAGUCUUGAAUAGCUUGGGAAGAGCAUUUGAACUUGGCGUAAAUGUGGACUGGCAUCAAGUCUACAAGGGUUACGAGACAUUACCCACCACCCUUCCAGUGUAUCAGUUCGAUCACUCAAAGAAACAACUACAUUUUGAGGAUGUGAGAAAAGGUAAUGCAUUACCUGCUUUUUCUCCCUGUGUGCUCCUAGCGCAGAUAAAGCCUGAUAACAGAGAGUACAUGUGCAACCUCUCCCAGGAGAGUGUACCAUAUCUGUGGGAGCAUAAACACAAUGGUGUUUCCAUAGUGCCAGGUGCGUUUUAUGUAGAACUAGGUUAUGCCUCAGUGAUGGCCAGCUUAAAACCAAAGAAGCCAGUUUCUCUUCUCCAGCUCAGUUUUAGAUUUGAGAGUCUGUUAACACUCACCUCAAGCUGUCAUCAGCUCAAAGUAAUCCUCGAGCAUGCAGAGACUGAGGCAUCUUUCAAGAUACAGUCGGCCGUUGCAACACAUGCCUCUGGCACAUACAGGAGUGCAGAGAGUCAGCCACUGAUAGAGGAACCCACCAUAUUUCUCAGCAUAAUCUAUCAAAGGUGCAGAUCUGUUAUUAAGAAAAAAGAGAUUUAUUCAACUCUAUCUGAAGCUGGAUUUGAAUACGGCUCUGUCUUCAAAAAGCUCGAUGAUGUGCAUUUCGGGGACGAGUUCAGAGAGGCUGUGACAAGAAUUCAAGUCCCCGAAGAACUUCUAAAACACCUUCAUGACUACUUCAUUCACCCUGUGUUAUUGGACUACUUUCUCCAAAUGACUGCAGUGGUGGCUACAAGACAGCUAAUAGCCAAACAGGGAUUCCCCUCAGCUAUAGGCAGUGUCAACAUUUCAUCACCUUUACAGGAGAAAAUGGUGAUGUAUUUACGAGCAACUCAAGAGACCCCAGAGUUCCUUGAAGUGUGUGGUUGCUUUUCUACCGCAGAGGGUCAAGUGCUAGUCGAACUUAAGAAGGUGAAGAUCUUGUUUUUGGGCAAUCGCUCAAAUGCUCCUCAGUCACUCUUCUUUCACAAUGAAAGGAUUACAAUCCAUGAAAAGACAGACUUUCACAGUUGCAAAAUAAAAGCAAUGGUUUUUGAAGACAAACUCUGCAUUACUAAAAGACUUAUGCCAUACUUAGACCCAGAGUCUGUCAUUGUGGAAAGCAGAGACAAUAGGACUUCUGACCAACUUCGAGAGCUAGUUUGUCACUCUCUUGACUCUAAUGUGGAUUUGGAAACUGUUCUUUUCAUUUGGGGUGUAGAAACCCUCAGUCAUUUGACAGCUGACCAGACACUGGACUCCUUGGUUACUUGCUGUGAGCAAUAUCGCCAGAUUGUGUUAGGCUUGAAACAGAAAAGACCAUCUUGCACUGUACAUAUCAUAACCUAUAGAUCAACAGAAAUGACUGUGGACCAUGUCAAUCCAGGAUUUGUGCUGUCUGGUAUGACAAGGGCUUGUGCGGCAGAGAUGGCAAGUUUCUCUUUUCAGCUGAUUGACCUCGCUUCUGUAACCAGUGAAGACAUUCAAAUGUUGGUCCAUGUAAUUAACACCUGCAACCAACAAGAAGUCCUGAUUAGCAAAGGGCAGGCAUCAGCAACUAGAAUAUCACAGACUCCAAUGCUAGAGAAGGCUUUGUGUGAAGAAAAUAUACAGUCAGUGUAUCUGAGCAACUUUGUUCUGCAGACAACGGAUUCAUACAGGAUGUCUUGCUUGUCUGCCAUCCCUGAAAACACAAAUGUAGAUCCUAUCCCAGAGACAUCAGUUGAGAUUCAGCUAACCAAUGCGUGUGUGCACUCAUCUGAUUACUUCCCCGUCACCACUUCACAUUUGGAUUUCAGUAAGACAAUGUACUGGAACCAGCACACGUCUCAGAAGCACAAACUUCUGGUUUUAGAUUUUGGCGGCAUUGUUACAGCUGUUGGGAAACAUGUUCAUAGCUUAAAUGUGGGAGAUCAUAUCGCCUCUUGUUAUCCAGUUGUGGCGAUGGAUAAGAUCAGAAUUCCUGAAGCUGUGUGCUGUACUACGAACCGGCUCUCAUUUCUGAAAGACACUCCGUGUGUGUCUUACUUCAUACUGGCAUGGCAGAUCCUGCAGAGGAUGCUCACCAAUGUAAAACAACAGCACAGGAAGCUGACCAUUGUCUCCUCUAACUCAGCUUCUGCUCUGGUGAAGGUUUUGGCUUUAACAGCAAACCGGUCAGGCUGGAAUGUUUCCUCAAAGUCACAUUCCAAAGGCACACCUCUGUGUUUUGAUCAGAGUCACGUAUUUGUUUAUCUGCCUCCAUUUGAUCACACUUGGCAGGAUGUAAAAGACAGCAGUUGCCUUGAGAAACACAUCAUUUUUGUAUGUAGCAGUCACAUGUCAUCUUCCCACUCAGCAAACAUGUUUGCAACAAAGAGUGAACACCUGCAUGUGCAUAACGUUGAUGUGGCAUAUGUUUUCCAGAGAGCCAACCUGCAAGAACAGAGCAGGAAAGUCUUUAACUGGCUAAUAUCAUUAGGCUUUGAUUCAGCUUCUCUACCUUUGAAAAAUCUGACAUUUCAGUCGUCAAGAACAGAAGACCCACAUACUGAUCCAGAUUCAGAGUCCUAUUUCACUACAAUAACAGUGCAGCAGGUGGUUUUAGAUGGUGGAGAAUCUCAUGGUGCAAUGUCAGAUAUUCCUGUGCUCACCGGGCCAGAGAGACUUUUUAAACAAAGCAGUGUUUACAUUGUAACUGGAGGCCUUUCAGGGUUGGGGCUUGAAACUGUGAAAUUCAUUGCCCAUAAUGGUGGAGGUUCUAUUGCAACACUGUCCAGAAGUCUUCUGACGGAUGAGACGCGGUUUGAGAUGGAACUUCUAGAGAAAAGAUAUGGGGUUGCGAUAAUACAUGUUCAGUGUGACGUCUCUGUGUCGAUGCAGACAAUAGGGGCAAUCUCAAUGAUUGAACAAAGGUUCUACCCUUGCGCAAUCAAAGGUGUGUUUCAUAGUGCUGCAGUAUUACAUGAUGCACUUAUUGAAAACCUUGAUGGGUCUCUCUUCCGGAAGGUGCUGCAGCCUAAAGUGAGCGGGGCUUUAAAUCUCCACUAUGCAACACUUCACAACAAACUUGACUACUUUGUGUGCUACUCAUCCAUCUCUUCUUUCAUUGGCAAUGCGUCACAGUGUAACUACGCAGCAGCCAAUUCUUUUCUGGACAUGUUCUGUCACUAUCGGAGAAACCUUGGACUUUCUGCACAGUCCAUCAACUGGGGUCCUUUAAACCUCGGUCUCCUCCUGAACAGAGACCACUUUCAAAAGUUCUUAGAAGCAAAAGGGAUGAUGAUAAUGAACGUUUGUGAAGUUCACGAAGCACUCGAAAAGUGUCUUUUGAUGAACAGGCCUCAACAAGUCGCCUGCAAGUUCAACUUCAAAAAUCUUAACACACAUGUUCUUUCACAAAAUGCGUUUCUCAGAGAGCGGCUGUCUGCUCUGGUGGAAAAGGAGCUACGAGAUGAUGUAAGUGAUGAACCCAAAGUUCAACCUUUGCAGUCUGCGCAUGAAUGUGUGAGGAAAAUGGUCAGUGACUUAAGCAAUAUUAGCAUCCAUGAGUUAGAUAAUGACUCUGCUCUGUGUGCACUGGGCAUUGACUCCAUGUUAGCCAUGACUCUUCAGAACAAGAUUUUCCAGGAAACAGGAGUCAAUGUGCCUUUGGUUAGAAUACUGGACCCAAACAGUACAACAGCCACUUUGGCUACUGUUGUAAUGAAUAAUGGAUAGUUUAAUAAAAUAUACACUA